AAUUGUCUCCUCUGCCCCUUCUUAAGAAAAAAGAAAAGAAGUUGGGGCAUAGAAGUGAGUUAGGGGGCUACAGGCUACAGCCUUCAUGCAUAAGCGGCGCCACCUCCACUUGUCAUAGUGAUGGAGAAAAUAAGAAAGGAUAUCCCUCUCCUACCUACGUCUUGUAAUAUUUUAUUAUUAUGACUUAGAAAAUAUGAUAUUUGAAUCUUUCUAUGUUUGUAUUCGACCGCAUCAGAAUGUGCCACCCCCAAUUGCAUUGUCCCAACAUAUUACAUUGUUUUUCGAUCAAUUCUAUGGAGAAUAGAAUGCUUCUCUCAAGAUUUCAAUUGACAACAACAAAGAUUUACAGUAAUUAAUUAAUUGAAUACAAAAGCACACAGAAAAAUCAUCGGAUAAUGGUUUCUGUUGCCAGUUGUUUAACAUAGCUUAGCUGUUCAUAUAUGUCAAUACUACUCACCAAGACGUUUGAAGAACUUGAACUUCAAUCACAACCAGAAUGUUUGCUUCUGUCCCCAAAAAUGCAUCGCAGAAUACUCCAAGAGAAAUCUCCUUCAUCCUCCUCUUCACCCCACAACUCUGGAGCAUUGUUCUUUUUCCUUGGAGGGACUGUAGUGCUGAUCAUAUUGCUGAUUCUUCUAUUUGUAUUUUGGAGGCGAAUUAAACGGCCAGCAGAGAGGACUACUCCAACUAAUGAGCAGCAUGAGAGGAUCACGAUGGCAGCCUCAACUACUAAAGCUCAACAGACAGGAUUCAUGGAAUUCGUUAGUGGGAACCUUCGUACAAUCAGCUACUUCGAUUUCCAGACAUUAAGGAAGGCCACCAAGAAUUUCCAUCGUACAAAUCUUCUUGGAAGUGGUGGAUUUGGACCUGUUUAUCAGGGAAAGUUGGCAGAUGGGAGGCUGAUUGCUGUUAAGCAAUUGUCUCUUGACAAGUCCCAACAAGGAGAUAAAGAAUUUCUAGCAGAAGUGAGGAUGAUCACAAGCAUCCAACACAAAAAUCUGGUUCGCCUUAUGGGGUGUUGCACUGAUGGACCUCAAAGGAUUCUUGUGUAUGAAUACAUGAAGAACAGAAGUUUGGACCCCUUUGUAUAUGGAAACAGUGAUCAAUUUCUAAACUGGAGCACUAGAUUCCAAAUAAUCCUUGGAGUCGCGCGGGGAUUGCAAUACCUCCAUGAGGAUUCACAUAUAAGAAUUGUUCACCGAGAUAUCAAAGCAAGCAACAUUCUUCUUGAUGAAAAGUUUCGGCCGAGGAUUGGAGAUUUUGGGCUAGCUAGGUUCUUCCCUGAAGACCAAGCUUACCUUAGCACACAAUUUGCUGGAACAUUAGGUUAUACAGCUCCUGAAUAUGCUAUUAGAGGAGAACUUUCAGAAAAGGCAGACAUCUAUAGUUUUGGAGUUCUGGUGCUUGAAAUCAUCUGUUGCAGAAAAAAUACAGAUCUCACUUUACCAUCACAAAUGCAGUACCUCCCUGAAUAUGGUUGGAAACUUUAUGAGAAGUCAAUGGUGAUGGAUCUUGUGGAUCCUAAGCUGCGCGAAGAUGGAUUCGUGGAAAAGGAUGUGAUGCAAGCAUUCCAUGUGGCCUUCUUGUGCCUUCAGCCUCUUCCAGAUAUGAGACCAGCCAUGUCAGAGAUUGUAGCAUUGUUGACAUUCAAAAUUGACAUGGUAACAACACCAAUGAGGCCAGCUUUCCUUGACCGAAGGCGUAAAAUGGAUGAAGAACACCACUCUUGGGAAGCCAUAUCCAAGUCUUUCAAAUCUCCAGGGGCCAGUGAUUAUUCUCCCUGAUGUAAAGCAUGGCUGUUCAAACUUUCUGUCAAGUUGAAAUUAGGAGCCAUGAACCUUUAAAAAAGAAAGAGGGUGAAAAGCUUAAGGCUCAGGCAAAGUAUAUAUGAACUAUCUGAAUUAUGUAGUUCCUAGACCAACUCUCUUUGCAGAAAAUUGACAGUUACAGAGAGAAUGUACAUCCUUGACAAGAGAGUUCUAUGAAGUUUUUGCAGUAAGGCUUGUGAUAAGUGCUGCCAUGAAUCACCA